GUCUGACAGCGGCAGGAGCUCUUUCCUUUAUUAUAUUUAUUCUCUCAGUUCACCCACAACCACACAGUGAAUGUUUUUUAGUGAUUCAAUCAUAUUAGCAAAAAAAGGAGGAAAAAACAUUAUUUUUUUUCCAAAAAAAAUUUUUUUGUGCGUGCAAUUUUUUCCCCUCAAUUGUUCACUAACUUUUUACUAAAAAAAAAAAAGUUUAUCCCUUAUUAUUGCGGAAUAAUAAGAAUAAUAAUAAUAAAAAACGAAAAUUUUUUAAAGUGCUCAAAAAAAAAUGAAGGUUCUAUUAUUGCAGUUAUUUGCAGUCGUUUCGGUUCUUGGAACACAAGUGUCAGGAUAUCCACAGGAACGUUCAAAUACAGAUGUGGAACUUGACUCGAAACACUUGUCUGCAUAUGAGGAUUCAGUAGCUGCCGCCUCGGAAGUAGAAGAAGCCUACGACGACGGCGAUGACUCCGACAUGUUUAUGGAACCAGACGAAAUGGAACCAAGCGAAUCUCAAACAACCCACGACAAGGAACCAUCAUCAAUAUCAAAACUAGAUGAUUCUGAAAAAUUACCACCAGUAAUAGAAGAAACAUCCGACCCACUACCAACAACAAUGCCCCCCAACGAAGAAGACAACACACCAUCACAAAUUCGCAACGGUCAUCAGCAAUCCAAGGAACAAUUCCCAGCAUCAGCCACAGUAUUAAGCGUCAAAUCAAACGAGCCUUCCGUCAGUGUAAUAGCCACCGUCUCCCAAGAGAGUGACUACAACAAAAAAGGCGAUGAAACCGAGAAGAAUCUCGAAACCGACAGUCAAAAUUUCUUCCCCUCAUUCGCCGAAUUAUUCACCAAUCAUCGUCUCCCCUACACGGAGCACCAGCAACGCUACCGUCCCAAUCGAUUCCUCGGCUACUUCCAACGCGACCGAGGCAACUACCAAACCGCAUCAUCAUCCUCCCAACAAAAAGAAUCCCUCCACCCACUCCUCGGCUCGGGAAAUUUCGGCGUCAUUCGCGGUGGAACCUACUACCCUGAGGAAAAGGAAAACGAUGAAUACUCCAUCGACGAAUCAAUCUACAAUCCCUACUAUCACGGUAGCGGUCGCAGUCGACACAAUUACUACAAAAAUCCCAAACCCCAACCAGUCCGUGGCGGUGAUUUCUUUGCUAAUUUCCGCGAUUUCGCCGACAUCACUGCACCACCAAAAUCCAGCUUCUCCCAUUUAUCCGUUGUCUAUGCGAAUAAAAAUGGCAGCAGUACAGCGAGAGUCAACGAUCAGCCGCGAAAUAUUUUCGAAACUCUAAGAAUGUUGGAGGAGGAGGAAUUUAAUGCAUCGUCAGCAACAACAACAACAGAGCAACCACAAAAGAAAUUAAGUCAGGGUAAACGAAAGUUGAUGAAAAUGAAAAAAUAUCAAGACGAAAAAGCCAGGAAGUCACGCAUGACAGUGGAACCUCUUUUGGCUCUUAGUUGAAUAUUCGCGUUCGACGAAUAGCAUUUUCUAUUUUUUUUUUUAAUUAAUUAUUAAAGAAAAAAAACGAAAGUGUACAAAUAAAGUGGGAACGCUUCGGGAAAUUUUCCCAAUAAAAUAUGAAUCUGGCCAUGAGAUCAGAACCAAAGUCUGAGUAAAGCGUCGUCAUUUUUGUUAAGAGAGAUGUGACGAGAUAAUGAGAUGGACCUAAGAUUUAAUAAAAAAAAAAACAAGUGAGAGACAAUUAUUUUCGUCGUGAAUGAAAAUUUUAGACAUACCGGAUGUAAAAAUAGUUGAAAAUCCUUCGAUAACUUUUUGACACAUUUUCUAUUUUUAGAAAUAUCUGUAUUUUUUCCACAUACGCCGAAAAUUAAUUAUUAUUGUUACGAAAAUAUAAAA